UAUUACAUCAGCAGAGAUUAUCUUUCACAGCGAGCCAGUUUGGAGGGACAUCGACGUUGACGAGCAAUGCGGUACUACGAACCACGGUAUCCAGAGGUAGACGAGCUUGUAAUGGUGCAAGUGCGCCAAAUAGCAGAGAUGGGUGCAUACGUCAAACUGCUCGAGUAUGAUAAUAUCGAGGGAAUGAUCCUUCUUUCCGAAUUGUCACGGAGGCGCAUUCGAAGUAUACAGAAACUCAUUCGAGUCGGCAGGAAUGAGGUCGUCGUCGUCCUUCGUGUCGAUCGCGAGAAAGGCUAUAUCGAUCUGUCCAAGCGGCGGGUCUCUCCAGAAGAUAUCGUCAAAUGCGACGAGCGCUACACAAAAUCAAAGACAGUCGCUAGUAUUAUGCGGCACGUCGCUUCAAAACUGCCUGCCCCAGCGGCAGAAGAGGGUGUAGAUGCGGCGUCAAGUGAAGAAGCAGCCCUCGAAAAACUAUACGAAGAAAUCGCAUGGCCACUCGGCCGAACGUAUGGACACCCGUACGACGCGUUUAAGCUGAUGCUCAGCGAUGCGCAAGCUAUACUCGCUACUCUACCUGCACGACCAAGCGAGGAUAUCGUCCAAGUCUUGCUUGCAACCAUCGCACGUCGCUUGACCCCCCAGCCGAUCAAGUUGCGUGCGGACAUAGAACUGACUUGCUAUACGCCAGCGGGCAUCGAUGCGAUCAAACGUGCACUGCGCAAAGGAGAAUCACAAAGUACGGAAGCCGUACCCAUCAAAGCGAAGCUCGUCGCGCCACCGUUGUACGUUCUUAGUACGAAUGCAACUGACAAGUACGCGGCAGUAGACAGACUGGAGCGCGCAAUUGAAUCUAUACAGGCUUCCAUCGAGUCACAGGGUGGAGGCUUGAUCGUCAAAAUGAAGGCCAAAGCGGUGUCUGAAACUGAAGAGCAAGACCUUGCACAGCUGAUGGCUAAAGCUGGACGAGAAAAUGCCGAAGUAUCCGGCGAUGAGGACGAUGAGGAGGGAGUAUAGGAGGAUGUUCUUAAUGCAUCACUAUUUCCACAUUGACACGUAAAUGACUCUGGAGUACUCUGCCUCCCUUUGACACACCACAUUCGCAACUAUGAAUUCACUGCACCUGGGGGUUCCGCUCUCCAUGUUCGCUCAGCCCAGUUUCCACCUAGAUGUUGGUUUAUGCCAACCAUUUUGCAUAGUAUCAUAUCGCAUUAACAUACAGGAGGUGAAAGUGUGUGAAUCUAGUAAACAUAUCCGAGGAGUUUUCCACCGACGUUUUUGCGGCGGGCCUCCUCGUGAUCCAUGAUACCAGACGAUGUUGUC